ACACAGUUUUCCAAGUUAUCAACGUCAGUGUCACUUUGAUUCCGUACUCAACUAUUUUUAAGUGAAUAUAUUUAAUAGAAAACGGGCUUUUAUAGAUACUAGAAAUAGAGAAAUAGAUUUAAGUAAAGUUUCUUAAUAUAUAUCAGAAAUUACAGGUAAAAGGUUUAUAUCUUCUUAUACAUAUUCUGUAGGGAGAUACAGAAAUCAUGCCAGCCGUUAGGGGUGAUGGCAUGCGAGGCCUAGCAGUAUUUAUAUCAGAUAUAAGAAAUUGUAAAAGCAAAGAGGCUGAAAUAAAAAGAAUAAAUAAAGAACUAGCCAAUAUACGUAGCAAAUUUAAAGGUGACAAAACUCUGGACGGCUAUCAAAAGAAGAAAUAUGUAUGUAAACUCUUAUUUAUAUUUCUUUUGGGACACGACAUCGAUUUUGGACAUAUGGAAGCUGUUAAUUUACUAUCAUCCAACAAAUACUCAGAAAAACAAAUAGGAUACCUUUUUAUAUCAGUUCUGGUAAAUACUAAUAGUGAGCUUAUAAAACUUAUUAUCCAAAGUAUAAAAAAUGAUCUUGCAUCAAGAAACCCUAUCCAUGUCAAUCUUGCAUUACAAUGUAUUGCAAAUAUUGGUAGUAGAGAAAUGGCUGAAGCUUUUGGUAAUGAUAUACCUAAACUUCUUGUUUCUGGAGAUACAAUGGAUGUUGUUAAGCAAAGUGCAGCUUUGUGUCUAUUGAGGCUCUUUCGAACAUCUCAGGAUAUAAUACCAGGAGGUGAGUGGACUUCAAGGAUAAUACAUUUAUUGAAUGAUCAACAUAUGGGUGUUGUUACUGCCGCAACCAGCUUAAUAGAUGCUUUAGUUAAAAAGAACCCAGAAGAGUAUAAAGGAUGUGUCUCAUUAGCUGUAUCUAGACUCAGUAGAAUUGUAACCGCUAGUUAUACAGAUUUGCAAGAUUAUACAUAUUAUUUUGUACCAGCUCCGUGGCUCUCUGUAAAGUUAUUACGUUUAUUACAAAAUUAUACUCCACCAGCGGAAGACCCUGGUGUACGUGGGAGACUCAAUGAAUGUUUAGAGACAAUUCUUAACAAAGCACAAGAACCCCCAAAGUCUAAGAAAGUACAGCAUUCUAAUGCGAAAAAUGCUGUGCUUUUUGAGGCGAUUAGUUUAAUAAUUCAUAACGAUAGUGAAGCGAAUUUAUUGGUUAGAGCAUGUAACCAACUGGGCCAGUUUUUAAGCAACAGAGAAACAAACUUGAGAUAUUUAGCUUUAGAAUCUAUGUGUCAUUUAGCCACUUCGGAGUUUUCUCAUGAGGCUGUGAAGAAACAUCAAGAGGUAGUAAUUCUGUCCAUGAAAAUGGAAAAAGAUGUUUCAGUGAGACAACAAGCUGUGGACCUACUUUAUGCGAUGUGUGAUAAGAGCAAUGCAGAGGAAAUAGUACAAGAGAUGCUGAAUUAUUUAGAAACAGCAGAUUAUUCCAUAAGGGAAGAGAUGGUGCUGAAAGUUGCCAUUCUAGCUGAAAAAUACGCCACUGACUAUACCUGGUAUGUUGAUGUAAUUCUUAAUCUUAUCAGAAUUGCUGGUGAUUAUGUUUCUGAAGAAGUGUGGUAUAGAGUUAUCCAAAUAGUGAUUAACAGGGAUGAAGUACAGGGAUAUGCUGCUAAAACAGUGUUUGAAGCACUCCAAGCCCCAGCUUGCCAUGAAAACAUGGUUAAAGUUGGUGGUUAUAUUUUGGGUGAAUUUGGUAAUUUGAUUGCCGGAGAUCAGAGGUCUUCUCCAGCUGUACAGUUCCAACUACUUCAUUCUAAAUACCAUCUCUGUUCACCAAUGACAAGGGCUCUCUUAUUAUCCACAUACAUCAAGUUUAUUAAUCUGUUCCCUGAAAUAAGAACACAAGUGCAGGAAGUGUUUAAACAGGACAGCAAUUUAAGAUCAGCAGAUGCCGAGUUGCAACAAAGGGCCUCUGAGUAUCUUCAGUUGAGCAUCAUCGCUAGUUCAGAUGUUCUAGCUACAGUUCUGGAAGAGAUGCCAGCUUUUCCUGAGAGAGAAAGUUCCAUCUUGGCUGUGCUCAAGAAAAAGAAGCCUGGAAGGGUUCCAGAAAAUGAUGUGAAAGAAAACAAGAGUCCUACUCCCAUCACUGCUUCCAAUCAUACCAAUGAAAUUAAUGCCAGCAACACAAGUCAAGCUGAUUUAUUAGGAUUAUCCACACCACCUACAUCUCAGCCUAACAAUUCCAGCAACACCGGUGUCUUACUUGAUGUCUUAGGGGAUAUAUACAGUAAACCAAAUAAUAAUGUUGGUAAUCAAAAUUCAUCUUUAGUUGUAGAUCCCAAAAAAUUUGUCUGCAAAAAUAAUGGAGUUCUUUUUGAAAACGAGCUUAUUCAAAUUGGGGUGAAGAGCGAAUUCCGUCAAAAUUUGGGCAGAUUGGGAUUAUUCUAUGGCAACAAAACAACUACGUCUUUACAGAACUUUGUCCCUACCCUUCUAUGGUCUGAAGAACAAGCCGCAAAGUUGAGUGUUCAAAUGAAAUCAGUUGAACCCACUCUUGAAGCUGGCGCACAAAUUCAACAAAUGAUCAACGCUGAAUGUAUAGACGACUAUACUGACGCUCCUAACAUAGUCGUGAGCUUUGUAUACAAUGCAGUUCUACAGAAAAUUACAAUCAAGCUUCCAUUAACACUGAACAAAUUCUUUGAACCCACUGAAAUGAACGGCGAAUCAUUCUUCGCCAGGUGGAAAAAUUUGGGAAACGCAAACCAACAGAGAUCCCAGAAGAUUUUUAAAGCCUCCCAACCAAUGGACCUCCAGGCAUCCAGACAAAAAAUGAUUGGAUUUGGAAUGCAGCUCUUGGAUGGUAUUGAUCCCAACCCUGAUAAUUUCGUUUGUGCCGGUAUUAUUCACAUGAGAUCUCAGCAAGUCGGGUGUUUACUACGUUUAGAACCAAAUAAAAAUGCUCAGAUGUAUCGUUUAACUGUGCGCUCAAGCAAAGAACCUGUAUCAGUAGAGAUUUGUGAGUUGUUGGCAGAACAAUUCUGAAGAGGCUUAGACUAAAAACGUUAGAAUACAUUCCAGUUAAUAUUGCUGUGUAAUUAUAUCAGAUCAUCUGUACAAUAUAUCUUUAUUGUAACAAUUCGUUGUUAAAUUUGUGAGAAAAAGACUAUAUUGGAGAUAAUGAAAGAACCAUUCUGUUAUUUUUGAAAAUCAUAUAUGAGGCACUGUAUAUUUUGUAUUAGUUGGCUUUUUCGUCGUUCAAUUUGUGCACUGACUUUUGAUGACAUUGACAUAGACAAUAAGUUCCCCAUGUAACCAAAAAUGUAUGUAUAAACAAGACGAAUAUUUUAAUUUGUAAAAUGUGUAAUAGAUGUAGUUGUUCAUUUUACUUUGCGCGAUAUUUAUAUAUGGUUAUUUAUUAAAAGAGAUAGAAAUUGUUGUUUAAAAAAUACUCUGAAAUGCAGCCGAUCAAAAUGCCAUUUAUAGGCCAUUCUUGUAUGUUUAUUUUAUGUUGAACCCAUUUUAAUAUCCUCCUUUGUUCUUGGUUAACGCUUAAGGAACGUAGAGAGGAAAUUAAAAUUUAGUUAAGGAAGAAAGAUAAUGUUCAUUUAUGUAUUUUGUUGCUUUAUUUAAAAUAUAUUAAACAAUAACAGAAAAUAGAGCCAUGUAAAACAUUAAAUGUUUAAUAUUGAAAUAAGUUUAUGUGUUUAUUUUUUUACGAAAAAGAUCUGCUGAAAAUCGAAUAACUCUUAUUUCUGCUCUAUAAACGAUGUAAAGUGUUUUUCCUUCACUCUUAGAAUAUAAUGUAAAAACAUGCAAAUGUAUAAUUUAUCAAUACUGUAAUUAGUCUCUUAUUUGAAUAUAUGCUAUGUAAUGUUUAGGAAAAA